AUGGCAGACCAGAAGAUGACAUUGAGGGUCAUUAUCACUGAGGCAGAUAUAAGAAAGGUCACCCUGAAUAGGAGGCCUGCUACAGUGGAGGAAUUGAUAAGCAAUAUUAAAGAAUUGCUGGGGCUUGAUUACAGAUUCAGUUUCCAGUACAAAGAUCCUGAAUUUAAUCAUGAACUAUGCAAUCUGUCAGAUAUUGCAGAUCUUCCAGAAAAACCAACAGUCAAAGUCAUCCCUAUACUUGAGCUGGUUCCUGUCUCAGCAUCUGCAGAAAGCUUGGAUGACAACCUCAGUACAACAGAUACAGAGAUCCUCUCGCAAUCAUCUCAGGAGCGACAAGCACAGUGGCCAAAGCUAUUUGAUGUUCCAGAUUUCUCUGUUGAUGUGAAGUAUAGACUCAGGCAAGCAAAUCUGCUGUAUUGUAGUGAUGGAACCCUCCUUAAAGUAACAAAAGAUCUUAAACACGAGAUUCUUGAAAGAUUGGCAGAGAGCAUGUAUGGCUUCACAGCAUACCCAAACAAUGGUCAAUUUGAAAGCGUUGCAGCUGCACUGAUCAACAAGCACCCCUGUCUCCAGGAAAAAGGCUCAACCAAUCGCUGUAGUGGUUGGAAGAACAGUUUGAAAUAUAAAAUGGCUAAUUACAGGACGAAGCGCAGACAGUCAGGAUGUCUUGAUGUUGUGGUAAAUGCUGGUAAGCGUGGAGGGCAUUCAACCCCAGGAGAACCAGCUAAAAAAAAUAUAAAGAAAGCAAAGAAAGGCGAACUCAACUACUUACCCAACUUUCCAGACGGAUUUGAUCAGACAGGCCUUGAGGAUACACGCACGGUCUUGGUCGAUGAAAUGCAGAAAAGAACACCAAAUGGACGACUUGUGAAAGAGAAGAUGGACCUUACAUUUGCACUUAGAAGAAAAGAGGUGAUGGAGUCCAAGCCUGCCAUAAGCCAGAUGGUGGAACGCUGGCCUGCUCUUUUUACAGAAGAUCAGAUGACUUUCUUUAGAUGA